UUAUAUAAUGUGUAGAGAUUAUUUAUACCUACAGUUAACUCGGGGACCCUUUCUCUUGCAAUGAAGAGUCUUAUUAUAGCCCUGGCUCUGUUGGUAGUUGGGCUCUCUCCUAGCCCAUGCUUCGGGCAGACUGACCAAAGAUCAGGCAAUGGAUCUGUUACACUUGACAGACUGCUAUUCUACUUUAGCUACAAUUCAGUCUCUAUGAGCUUAUACUUCAGCAACGUGACAGAGCGUAAUCCAUUUUUAAACACCGAUUAUCUCUACAAUCCGUUUUAUCGUCCGUAUGAUAUCAAUGCACCGUGCUUUUUGAACCAACUUAUUUUCAAAAAUACAAUUACGAGUGAAACAUUCCAGGCUAAUUGUCCGGGUAGUUGCAUUUCCUACGAUGAAAACCGCGUUGAUAUCACAAUGGAUCCUAGAGAUUAUUUCCGAAUGGUGUCCGUCGAGUUUAUCAAUACAACUUCUACUGAUGCAACCUCUACUAAUAUAGGGUUGGAAAUGUACACUUCAAGUACACUUGAAGCUCCCUUCUAUGUUCGAAUUGAGCCAAAUUACACCUUUCAAUGUGACGCAACAUUGAACCUUGGCGGGGGCUCUGUAUAUAUAGGUAUUAGUUACUCACUUGAUUAUUGGUUCAAUGAGGAGAUUAUUUUAAUUCAUUUCAAUAUUUUAAUUGAUGUUGCUACUGUGAAUGCCAGCAAGCUAUCACUUUCUCGUGUUGGCUAUGAUCAGUAUGGAAACAACACUGUUAACAUUACGGGAGGUGAAAUACUGAAUGAGUCACCUGGCUUAACACAAUAUGUGGCUAUUAGACUGACCUCAAGUGAUCAAGGUCUUCUUGCAAGCAAAGGAAUAUGCACUGCUGGUGGUAGAAACUUCAUUCGAGACUGUAACCUUAUCUUAGAAGAAGGAUUUGCUGCCUCAUAUUACGGAGAAGAGAGCUCUUACUCUGGUUCAUAUUCAGUUUCUGAUUUCGGGAGUCGAGAACCCAAUUAUGAGCCUGUGACUAUGUCCAUUCAGCUGGAGUACGUCGGUGGGUUGACUCUGGACCUGACACUCAGUCUGGGGCAGCCAUACAUAGUUCGAUCCUACAUUGGUGAGAGGGUUAUCAGUGUGACGUGUACAAGUGGGGACACUAGCCAACAUGUGAACCCCAUGCUGGAUAUUAACAAUGGUGCAGUGUAUAUUCCUGCUAACUACAUCCAAAAUGAUUGGCCUAGCUCCACUACCUUGAAUGCACCCAGGGGGCUAUACCAGUCUGGUUUGGAAGGUUACUACACAUGCAGGACAGAGGGAGACACUUACCUCAUCCCUCACAUUCUACAUUCCAAUCCUUUUUAUAUAUUUUUCUACGAAGGAGCCUCUGCUACUGGUGAUAUAGGCGAAGAUAUUGUAGUCCGCUUUGCACAUAGUGACCUUUUUGGUGUUGUAAACUAUGGUUUUGGAUUCCAAGUUGUGAUACCCAGCGAUGAUGAUUAUUACCCGUAUGGGGAGGCUUAUUAUUAUUAUGGAUACCCGCCUCCUUUUGCGUUCCGUGUUGAACUAAACACUCCAUUCCCAUACCAUGCUGAGCUGCACAUCAACAGGACCCAGUUCAAUUAUGAGGGAGAGUACUUUCUCUCAUACAAUAAUUAUUAUAAUCUACGCCCAAGCUUCACUAUCGAUGUCAAUGAACCUGAGCUCACUCUCUACCCACCGGUCCUGACUGUGUUGAACUCUGACCCUCCCGAUACAACCGCCUCUCUCACUUGUACCUCGGAUAAUACAAACAUUCCCGUAGUCUUCCCGGGAAACUUCACUUCACUGGGCAUUACGACUACCUACGAAGAUAACACCAAUAGCUCUGUGAGAUUGGACUUUGAACUGGACAAAGACCACAUUGAGUUGCUAGAUGGGAUGGAGUUUAUCUGUGAAGCCAGAGACCCAGAUGAUUAUAAUUCCACUGUGUCAACCUCCAGCUCAACCUUUAGAGCAGUAUCAGAUACGCUGACUCUGUACAGCAUCGAGCCUGACAGUAGUCGCAAGCUUGUUAUGAAUGGUGACACGAUUAAUACAACUACCUCAUUUGAAUGUCUGCGGUAUAUCAAUCCAACAAGAACGGAUCUUGAGACCAUCCCUGCAACAAUGUUGUGGAGACUCAAUCUUCUGGAGUCCAUAGAAAAGAUAGAGUUCAGUUCAGAUGUUAGUGGUGAAGAGUUUAUAGUCACUACACUCGAGAAUAGGAUCACUCUGAAUAUUUUUGGUGAUUUCAGUGGAAGUGUUUCGUGUAUCUAUGGCGAUGAAAUAAUAAGGAUCAAUGUUGUCACUCAAGCUUUGGUGGCAGGUGUGGACUUCAUUCCUCCCUUCUUCCCAGAAGAUGGUGUGCCAUUGUUGAAUAGAGACGAUGGUUGUUCACAGAGGAUUUAUUCGAGCACUGGUAUUCCAUUUGGAGCAGAAACACAACAAUACGUUCAUGUCUGCACGAAUGGCAUGCUGACUGUUGGAACUCCACCUCUCUUUCUCGGUACAGCACAAGAACGAUUCCCUACAUCCGAUGUCAGGAUCAGCCAAUCAAACUUGCUCGCUCCAUUUUGGAAUGACCACGAUGGCCGAAACCCCGCCUCUAGUGUAAAGUACAGAGUAUACGGUGGUGCUGCCGGGGAUCCUGAAGGUUUUAUGAGUCCCGUGAGCUCUUUCAUUUCAAGCCAGAUUGAUUCUGACAUUGUUGGCAAGUUUGAGUCCACCUGGAUGCUAGUAGCCUCCUGGAACUAUGUUCCUCCAUACCCCCAUACUGCAACAGAGAGAGGACGAAACUCUUUUGAAGCCAUUAUCAUAACUGAUGGUGUGAUAAGCUUCACUGUCUACACGUAUAUCUGUGAUGAUCUACAAUGGGGGGAGUCGCAGAAUGGUGAAUAUUCAACAAUCGGCUACAACAUCAAUCCAGGCUCGUAUUUUGGUAGUGAUAGCGACAAAUUGUCUUCCUUCCAUGAUCACCGAAUCUCCAACUUACCCAUGAGCCAAACAAUUGCAUGUUCCAGUCUCGCUAGAGGGGGACGUUACCAUAACGAGGUGUACUAUAUCGGCCGAUCUAUGAACACCACGCAACUGGCACGUGCAGAAUGUACCAGCACUAUCAACAACGAUACCGUGUAUUUUGACAUCAUCAAUGGAACCACACUAAGAGAUGGAUGCCCUUGCAACUUGGCACAGGCUUUCAGAGACUUUGCUUUUAGAUCCAUUGAUAUGUAUGAGUUGACUUUGGACCCAGUGUAUAAUAACCAGUUUUGUUUUACUCCAAGCUUCAGUCAGACUGACACCAUUCUUUGCUGCUAUAGACGAAGGAGUGGAUCUCUCAACAAUGUGCGUGGUAUCAGUGGAGUGGUGUCCUACAGUCCUAGCUUCUUCCCAAACCAGUUCCUUGAAACUGAUUACAAGCUGCGAGAUGUAUGCAGCAUAGGGGGAGAAGCAGACACACUGUACAGGACUAGAAGACCUCCAGUUACUUGUACCACUUAUCAACCACCAAGAAGAACCUUCUGUACAGGUGAUCCUCAUCUCACCAACCUUGAUGGAGCUAAGUUCACAUUCAAUGGUUGGGGGGAGUAUAUUCUACUGGAGUUGGUGACUGAUGACACCACUUUCUGGAUCCAAGCUCGUAUGCAACCACUCCCAGAUUCUACUACUAAAGCUACUGAGCUAGGUGGUUUCGCUUUCGCUAUGAGCAGGGACACUCCCGUUGAAAUUCACUUGAAUGCAUCUAGACAGCUAGAGAUUCUAAUCAGUGGAGAAGAUGUGACGGACCAGCUGGUCAGCCUCAACGCUUCUAUAUCCACUGAUUUCUACACUGUGUCUCGAAGCAGUUCCAAUUCCAUCCUGGCCACGUUCCCGAAUGGAAUGGGAUUAAUGGUGAAUCUAACAAGCAUGCUGACCUUCACAGUCAUCAUCCCUGACAAAUACAGAGGUCUAACUAGAGGAAUGGUUGGAAACUACAAUGGUGAUCAAACUGAUGAUGUCGUAUACAGAGAUGGAACAAUGGUACCUCUCUCUGAGUUCUCCUUCCGGCUACUACAUCAAGUUGGACUGUCAUGGCAACUGAAUACUUCAGAGUCUCUCUUUACUUACCCUGAGGGCAUGACUGCUGCAGACUAUGCUGUGCUUGAUCACGAUCCACCCUACCUGGAUGAAGUGGUAGCUGCUGCUUCAGCUGAUAUUCUGCUGGUGUGCGGGGCUAAUGUAGAGUGCAUUUUUGACUCUAUGGAAACAGGGGAUACUGACAUCGGCCUCGAAACAAUGAACAUGAUUUCUACAAUCGAUGAAGAUGAGAAGCUUACAUCUAACUUCCCUCCUCUCAUCUAUGGUCUUGACAGCCUCUAUGUUACACUGGGGGAAGAGGCUGUACUGGUGUUCAAUGUGACUGAUGACAAAGGCAGUAUCAACGUGAUAUUGGUGGAUGGACUGCCAGCUGGGGCCACUCUACUACCUACCCCUAAGGGCGACUAUACCAUAGAGUACACCUUCAGGUUGGAACUUGAUGAAAUUGCUGAUAUUUCUCUUGUGUUUUUGGCCACUGAUGAUCUGGAUGCUGGGUCAACUCUGGAAGUGCAGAUUGUGAUUUGUGCUUGUGAGAAUAAUGGCAACUGCACACUGGAGGGAGUGGUGGACCAGAGCACCAGUACUGUCGUCUCCAAUUGUGUAUGCCCUCAAGGUUGGGAAGGUGACUUCUGUGAGGCUGACGUUGACGGCUGUGCCAACUUUGACUGUUUCAUGGGUGUGGAUUGUGUGGACAUCCCUGCUCCAGGAGUGGGGGCAGUGUGUGGUCCAUGCCCUGAGGGAUAUCGUGGAGAUGGGUCAAAGUGCGCCGAUAUCAACGAGUGUAACAGUACCAUGCAUGGUUGUGCUCAACUAUGCGUCAACCAACCAGGAAGCUUUGAGUGUGCCUGUUACCCUGGUUACGAGCUUUACGAUGAUACACAAUGUAGAGACAUUGACGAGUGCUCUUUGCUCAAUGGUGGUUGUCAUCACGACUGUACCAACACGAUGGGAGGAUUUGUUUGCAGCUGUGACGAAGGUUACACCAUCAGCACCAACAACAGAACCUGCAAUGUUGAUCCGAUAGCGAUGUGCGAUGCUAGUAACAGCUGUGCCCAAUCAUGUGUGAGAUUAUUGGGAGUGGAAACAUGCGGCUGUUUCCCUGGUUACGAGCUGGUAUCCAAUGAGAUGGAUUGCUCAAAUAUCAAUGAGUGUGAGGAGUCUCCAUGUGAGCAUAUCUGUACUGACUUGGAGGGACUGAGAGGAUACAGGUGUUCCUGUCAAGAGGGAUACCAGCUACUGCCUGGGGGGAGUUGUACUGAUAUCAACGAGUGUUUGGUAGCAGCUCUGGACAUAUUUGCUGCUGACCUUUGUGAACCCUCCAUGUUCUGUGUGAAUAGUGUGGGUAGCUACAGCUGUGAGUGUCCGGCUGGUACACUACUAGUGGAUGGAGUGUGUCAAGCUGAGGGCUUGCUCACCACUGCACCACCAGUGACUGUACCCGAGGAAGCGACAGGUAAUGUCAUCAUUGUGGAGAUCAACGGAUUCAACCUUUACACGUUCACUCUUGAGGUACAGAGGCGCUUUAGAGAAGCCACAGCUGAUGCUAUCAAUGUCUACUGUGAGGACAAUGAGUGUCUAGUGUCGUACCCUGAGGCAAGAACAAUGAGGAUAAACACACUCACAGCUGACAACCUUUAUAUUGCUGAGAUUGCUAGUACUGGAUCUGAAAAGUCUAGUAUACGCUUUAGCAUGUACGCCCGUUUGGAUGGUGGCUUCCUCAGCGGCAGUGCCUUGGAAACGGCUGUAAUAGCUCAUUGUGAUGAGUACACAGCUCUUGGUUUUGAAGUGACUGAUGUGCAGACAAUUGGCACUGAACCAACCUCUCCCACAAUUCUGACGCUCGAACAGAUCAUUGGUAUCGGAGUGGGGGGUGGUCUGGGACUGAUCCUGGUUCUGCUUAUUACCAUAACAUGCUGUUGUGUUAAGGGUCGAUCAAGAAAACCCAAGAGUAGGCCCAGGGGCAGUGGUCUAGAGUUCUUGAACUCCGGUACUGGCUUUGACCUAAAGCCUGUACCCCACGAUGGACUGGAAGAGAUAGCCGAGCUAGAGUCAGCUGAUGAGACGAAAGUGGAUCUCAACUAGGCAGACAUUAGAAUACUGUUUAAUUGUAGAUGCAGCACGUAAAAUAAUGGAAGUGAUUCUGUGCACCUGGCCUCUAAUAUACAUGCACAACCCAUUAAUUUGUUGUUUCACGAUAAUUAAGUCAUUACAUGUGUAAAAAUUAUUUAUUAGCAGCCACUAAAAUUAAUUUUUAGCUUGAAUUAAUUAGUCUCUCUUGAAUAGAACUUCUCAUGCAUGCAUAAAACAUAACUUUUUUUAUUGAUGAUUUUUAUCCCUCGUUCUCAAUAAUAGUAUAAUAGACGGC